UGGUGUACUUUUUCUCUAAGUAGUGUUUCGGGCUCACCUGCAGCACAGCAAACGCAAAAAUUUGGCAUUUUGUUGUUAUUUUUCACUGAUAAUGGGAUUGUCUAAAACGAUUUUCUCUUUUUUUCAAUGUCAUUUUCGUAUUUUCAGCUAACGUCAGGUAUCUUCAACAAUUAUGGAUUCAUAAAAUAGUUUGCAGAAAGGGGGGGCACCCCCUUGGUGACUGGCUUCCUUUAGAAGGGUUUUGUUGCUUAUAUUGGGAAGGCUUUUCAAAGACGGCAAGAAAAAUCUGUGGAUAUUUUGUUUUUUUGUUCUGAAUGCAAAAUAUUAUGUGUAUGUAUGAUAUACACAUUUGUAUAACUUUGUUAAUAAUGAAAGUAAUGCCAAACAUUAUUACUAGAAAUUGUUUUUGGCAUCUUUUUCUUAAAUUAAUACAUGCUGCAAAAAUGUUAUGAAGUCUGUGACUUUUAAUAAGCUAGUUUGUGCUAAGCACAAUUCUGACCGACUUGCCAAUGUAGAGAUUUCUUUUAUUUGCCAUUUUUUCUUUGCCCAAGAAAAUAUGUGAAGUUUUUAAGUAGUGCAGUAUUUGACAGACUCUUCUGCAAACUAAAAUUUCUUAGAUCUAUUCUAACCUAUUAGAAUGAGUUUACUAUUGUGUGAUUGCACUUCCAAGUGCCAUUCAGUCCGACAUGGUUUGGAUAUUGUCUCUGUGUUGACAAGGGGGACAACAGAGUCUCAGGUGAAAGCAUUUCUUUCUGUGUAUUGCCACAACUCAAGUACUGUCAAAGAUGAAUUUGGUAGGACUGCACUUCAUCUUGCUGCCUCAGUUGGCAAGAAAGGAGUUCUUGACUGGCUUUUGGAUGUCAAGGGGGCAGACAUUGGUGCUAAAGAGAGAGAAUCUGGAUGGACAGCCCUGCACCGAAGUGUUUUUUAUGGCAACAUAGACUGUCUCAUUUCACUUGUAAAGCAUGGUGGUAGUCUUAAUGAGCAAGAUAAGGAAGGCCUUACAGUUCUUGAUCUAACAAUGAAGGACAGGCCUUAUCAUUUAACUUUCAAAAAUACUGAUCCCACUGAAGUUUAUACAUGGGGCAAUAACACCAAUUUUACCCUUGGUCAUGGAAAUCAACAAAGCAAGUAUCAUCCAGAACUUGUAGAUAUAUUUCCUCGAACUGGGGUUUAUAUAAAACAGGUAGUACUGUGCAAAUUCCACUCGGUGUUUCUUUCACAGAAAGGUACAGUUUACACUUGUGGACAUGGACAAGGUGGCAGAUUGGGCCAUGGAGACGAACAGACUUAUCUUUUUCCUUGUGUUGUCGAAGGUCUUCUUGGUCAUCACUGCACUCAUGUUGCUGCUGCCAAAGAUCAUACAGUUGUGCUGACUGAUGAUGGAUGUGUGUUUAGUUUUGGGCUGAAUAACUUUCACCAGUUGGGAAUUGUACCACCUCCUGCUAUGUGUAACGUACCAAAACAGAUACUCUCUAAAACACUGAAAGGACGGACUGUGAUUGGAGUUGCUGUAGGCAGGUUUCAUACAGUUCUUUGGACAAAGGAUGCAGUAUAUACUAUGGGGCUGAAUGGUGGCCAACUUGGUUACCUUUUGGAUCCUAAUGGAGACAGAUAUGUCUCCUCCCCUCGCCAAGUUUCUGCACUGCAUCACAAAGAUAUGUCAAUUUCUAUGGUCGCUGCCAGCAAUGGAGCCACUGUUUGCGCUACGGAAAAAGGGGAUAUUUAUCUGCUGACUGACCAUCUGUGUAAAAAGAUCUCCUCCAAGCAGUUCAAUCUUAAAAAACUGGUGGUUACUGGUGGGAUCCUGGAUCACAGAGUUGAUGCUCACAUUCUCAAAGAGGGUGGUGGUGAAAAUGUUUCUAUUCUUGUCCUGGACGAAGCUGGCAGAGUGUUUUCCUGGAAUUCCUCAAGUGGAACUUUAAAACUAUGCAGAUGGGUUUAUGGUCGCCAAGUUUACAUGUCCGAUAUUGCACUGAAUAAAAAUGUGAUGAUGUUUGUCACUCUAGAGGGAGAAGGUUUUUCAGGACAUUGGGUGAAUGCCACUACCAAAAAAAAUGGAAAGAAAGAUGAUUCUAUUAAGACUGGAAAUACUCUAGACUCAUCCUGCUACGUUGAAGCUGGCAGCACAUAUGAGCGAAUUAGACUUCAAAAAAUUUCAUUUAUCCACAGAGCUGUCAGCAUUACUGCAGAUACUAAUGGUCGUAACUUUGCUGUUUUACAGUCUGACCCAAAAACAAGUUUAUAUGAAAUUCCCAGUGUGUCUUCAUCUACCUUUUCUGAAGAUUUUAACUGCUUGCUUACAGAAGCAGACGAGAUGGAUAAUAUUCAUGAUUUAACAUUGCAAGUGAAAAACAGGACUUUCCCAGUACAUAAGUACAUUCUUUCCAUGAGGUCAGAUUAUUUCAGGAAGUAUUUUCAUCCAGGAUCACAACUGCUGUUGCCUGGCGAUCUAGAGUGUAAUGAAGAUACAUUGGGAUGUGCUAUAUUUUCUGUUGAAAAUGUCCAGGCAGACAUAUUUAAGUAUCUUUUGCAGUUCAUUUAUACAGACAGCUGUGACUUUCUUAUUGAUGGUUUCAUAGUUGGAACACAGUUAAAUGAAAUGAAGAAUGACUAUCUGGAUCCUCUAAUUUCUAAUUUGCAAAAGACUGAUUUCAAUCAAAAUUUGAAAGGCAUGUCUGCUUAUGAAGUUUAUCAGAACCGUCAAGUAGUUGUUGGUAAUGAGAAAGGUAAAGCCAAAAACAUAAAAAAAUGCAAGUGCGUCAAUGAGGAAACGAAUCCCGUGAAAAUGCUGCAGAGUAUAGCGAAGAAAUAUGGAGUCACUAGCUUGGCUGCACGUCUGGAUGGUGUCAAAUUCGAUAAAGGAAAAGUAAUUGUAUUGCACAAGAAGACUGGAAACAAACCAAAGUUUCAUCAAAAACAAUGCCCCUACCUGUGUGAUGUGACUUUACGAUCAAAAGAUGGGAAAGAAUUUCCUUGUCAUAAAUGUGUACUUUGUGCUAGGCUAGAAUAUUUCCGAAGUAUGUUGAGCAGUUCAUGGAUUGAGGCAACUAGCUGCUCUGUAGUGGAGAUGCCAAUCUCUGCAGAUGUGCUUCAAGUUAUAGUGGACUAUGUCUAUACAGAUGAGGCGCCUGCUAUCAAAGAGGCAUCAAAUGUGGAGUUCAUAUGCAAUGUUUUGGCUGUGGCUGACCAGCUUUUGAUCACUCGUUUAAAGGAGAUGUGUGAAGUAACAAUUACUGAAAAGCUUACUUUAAAGAAUGCAGCAGAGCUCCUUGAAUUCGCUGCUAUGUACAGUGCAAAUCAGCUGAAAAUGUCCUGCAUGCAGUUCACUGUAUUUAAUAUGGCAGUGCUACUUGAAGCAAGAGCUUUGGAUAUUCUGAGUGAAGAAGUAUUAAAAGAAUUGUCAGCUGCUUAUAGGAAAAUGAUUCCUGCAAUGCAGAAAAGAAUUAUUACACCUUACCUGGAUGGACCAGACCUAUCUACCUUUGACAAAGAAAACUGGGAAUGUUUGGAAAGCUGUAAAGAUCAGUCAGAGGUGGAUAAUAUCUCCAGAGAUCACCUUAUAAAGAAAGCUAAAUCAAAAGCUAAGAAGAAACCAAGGCGACGUUCUGACAGUUCAGGAGGUUAUAAUCUGUCUGAAAUCCUCCAAAGUCCACCUUCUCCUGGUAUAGUGACGUCUGGCAAAACCAAUUCAGCUGAGUCACUUCAGGAGCUGUUAACCUCGGAUUCAGAAGGAAGCUGCUUAGGAGUUAAUAGCCCUAGGGAUCUACAGUCGCCUGUUUUUGUGCCAAGAAGCCCUAACGAUACAGAUGAGGUGGAAAAGAAAACCAUGGCAUUAAAAUGCCUAAGCAGAAGCUUAGAAUCAAAAGAGGAGAAAAUGUGUAACCCUUUCCCUAUCCCUUACCCAAAAACAAGUCGUACCCCACCUCCUGUGCUGGACCUUAGAGCUUUCAUGGAAAUGGAACAAUCCUUGCAAAAUCGUGGAUCUACUCCAAAAAGCAGUGGCAGUAAAACGGUCUUUCAAGCAAUGAAACUUUCCCAGAAGCAACGUAAAAUGCUUACUUUAGCAUCUAAAGAUGGUGGUGAUGCAAAGGGAGGGGAAAAAUGCACCAAAGAAAAUUCAGGUCAAAGUACUUCAACUGUAAAUCCUUCCAAGAAUGGGAAUCCAUGGGCUCUCCCAGUUCAGUCAGCUGCUGUAUCAUUAAGUGAGGUUCUCUUGACACAGAAGACAAUGGGCGAUUCUGUGGGUUCAGCUGGGAAAAAGGUGUCUUUUAAAAAUCCUGAGCUCCAUGCUGAUAAGAAACUUGGGCCCUGGCAGUUAACUGCAGUGAAUAAUCUCUCUGGAGAUGGCCCAAUGAAGUUCGCUGCCAUUUUAGAGCAAGAGCAGCAGCAAGAGGCUGCUUUGAUAAAGAGCAGAGAAAAGCCACUGGCUUUGAUCCAGAUUGAGGAAAGUGCUAUUCAAGAUUUACUAACACAUUACAAAGCCUUUGGAAAUCCUGAUGAGUUAAUUCUUGUGGAACGAGCCUUACAAUAUCCUAUAGCAACGCCAACAUGGAACAAGCGCUGAGCUUUACAUGAAGAUGAUGCAAGAUGACAUUAAGAAGAAAUCAAAUAGCACUCGUACAUCUUGACAUUUGUUCUGAAUUAUUUUUUUUUCUUUAAAGUGGAAUAGCACAAUGUGCGUUUAAUUCAUAUCUACAAAAAUAGAUACUUUUGAAAAAUUAUAUAAUUUAUAUUUUCGGAUAGAAUGUGACAGUAACGCAUACUUUACUCCAUGCCCUAAAUCCUAAAAUUUAUUAAUAGUUAUUAACUUAACAGAUUGUUAAAUUAAAUGGAAAAGAAGAUGCUGUUACAGUAAAAGGAUUAAUUCUGCCUUCAGGCUGUGUUCUGCUAUGUGUCUUCACUAGACAGUAUACGUUUUUUGUUUUUGUUUUGUUUUGCUUGGGGUUGUUUUGUUUGCUCAUGAUUACAAGCAAGUGCUUUUUCCCUUUUUUCCCAGCAAUUGGAUAAUUUCAGCCCAAUUUAACCAUUUGGCUUGCUGAAUUUAAAUCCAUUGUUUUCAUUUUGUUUAUAACAAGGUUGCAUUUUAGUUAAACAAAAACAUACGGCAUACUUCUGUCCUAUAAGGUAUAUGUGAAGAAAAGCUUGUUUUGGGCUCUCAGCCGGUGAAAUAUUUUGUAGUCCUGAAGCAAUAAAGAACACAAAUGCAUAGUCAAA